AAGAAGUCAUCAUGAAAUUUUCAAAGGAAACCUUGAGGGUCGAAAAAAAAGUAAAAUAGAAAAAGCAACAUUGAAUUUGACGUGAAUCUGUUGGCAUUUAGAAACUCAGUGUGGUGAUCAUGGAAUAGAAGGGUCGAGGGAAUGCAGGGGGUUGGUGACUGCUGCGGGGCCAGGAGAAGGAAAAGAGUGAAAGAGAGUGCACCAGUGAUCAGUGAUAUGAAGUAAAAUAGCCAGAGCUGGAAUAGAAGCAGAGAAGGAGAGAAAGAGAUUGUGAUGGUUUUAGAGGAGAGGAAAAGUAACUAGCGGCUAGAGGCUAGAGGGGGAAAGUUAUUCUUUUUAGUAUCGAAAGGGAGCUCUAUGCAAAAGCUCUUUAAACUAAGUGUGCAUUGUACUGCGUUUAUUGAAUUCAGAUUUGGAUUCGGAAUAGGAAUUAAUUGUUGUUUUAUAGAAUCCGUUGAGAACGACACCGAGAUAGAUAGACAAACAGAGCCAAAAUGGUGUCCACUCGUCAGUCGAGUAAUAUGGGAAGCAAAGUUACUGAUACUAGUGAACCUGGACCACCACGCAAACACAGCCCGAAUGCUGGUGCUAGUUCCUUGCCUGAACCAGCACCCAGCCGCAAUCUAAAUCUUCUGGAUUUGCCACCAGAGAUCUUUGAGAAGAUCGCCAGCUAUCUUGACUACAACACUAUCGCAAACAUUCGUCCGGUAUGCCACCAAAUGAACUCGAUGUGUGGCGCGAUUCUGAGCUCCUCGUUCCAACGAAUCCUGGGACAAAUGCUGAGUCGCUUUCAUGGUAUCAAAGCCAGGAUGCCAAGACGUGAAUCAGCACGUCGAAACCACCCGCUGUCAUGUGAAUCUGAUAUCAUUGAAACUGUUCAUAUGCGACUUACUUUGUUGCAAAUGACGCUUGGCAAACACAUUGAACGUAAACACUGCUGUUUUUUUCCUGGUUUGAUUCUAGAUGAAGUAAACCGUGUUUUACACUACAUAAAAGUAACUCCAAAACUUGUAAAGCCUUACAAAGUUACUGACGAAUUAUUUGAUUUGAGUUCAAUGGCUAUGGAAUUCUUCAAAGAGCAGAUUGAGCCAACUCUGCCAGAAAUUGCAUGCUUUAGUGAUUUUCUUGACAUUGCUGGUACAUUUUCAACGUCAAGUAGCGUAAACAAACCAUUCCUGUGUCUGGACACUCUACCGCUAGUGGAUAAUAGCGACUGUAGCAGUAGCAGCGUAGAAUGCUCGUCCCGGCCUUCGGUGCACGAUGAACCCGAGUUGGUGGAGAUAAAUACACCACCUCAAUCAAACAUGGUUCUACGGAAACGUAUACGUAGAAUAAAAUUGAACAUGAAAAAGUAUAACACUCAGCUGGUUCGAAUGCAACGCAAUCUCAAUCUCUGCAAAACCAAAAUAGCUGAACAACAGAAGCAGAUCCUCGAAUAUGCAAAUCGUCUUGAUGAUAAUGAUAAAAAGAACGAAGAAACAUCCAGAAAGUUCAGCACUCUACUACAGGUAUUUACUAAGGAAUUGAAUAAAUGUAAGACAGAACUGCAGUACUGGCGUUCGAAGUCACCUGCAAUACCUGUCUGCAAUGGUUGUGGACAGUCAAUGCCGAUGCCUGCUGAAGAUCUACAAGCUCUGGCCAACCAGUCAGCGAGCGUGCUUGCAGAAUCAUUCGCAGAGCCUCUUAAUUUCAUUCCUAUAGCUUUUGAUAGCCCUACUGAGUCUACUCAGGAGCAAUUGACACCCCAGAUGUCGGUGAUGGCGCCACCUAAGGCACCACUCUCCGUUCCAACAAAACGAAAAGUUUCCAUUGAUGACGCAGCGUCUGAUGCCACCAAAAAAUCCCGACGUACUGUAAAGUCGCGUCAUGCCAAGCGUAAUAAAAUUUAAAAAUAAUUGAUGGUACAAAAUUAUAUAAUUAAUAAUAACAAUAGCGUUGAUUUAUUACAAUUAUCAAUCUUAUGAAUUUAACAACUUGUUUCCAAUGGAAUAUUCAUAAAUGUUUAUUAUUAAUUUAUUAAUUUUAUACUUUUUCGUUCUUGCAGGAUUGUCGUAAGUGUUCAUUUUUUUUUAAUUAUUAAGAAGUAAA